GGGCUGACGUGGAGGCCCAACGCCGUGCACGCGACAAACUACGCAGGAGCGAAGAGACAACUCUCCAAAGAUGGAGCCACCAGCCCUGCGGCCGUGGCGGAUCGCCUGGGAGGCUCUUCAAAGAUGCCGUUGGGGGCAGAAACUGGACCUAAAGUCCUGCUGGGCUCACCUCCGCCUGGGGGCCUUGGCUCUGGGAAACGGAAGCGAGUUUUUUGUCUGUGCUAUGGGAGAUGUCAAAGAAUCAAAAAUGCAAAUAACACCGGAAACUCCAGGAAGGAUCCCUGUUUUAAACCCUUUCGAAAGUCCUGGUGAUUAUUCUAAUCUCCAUGAACAAACUCUCUCCAGUCCUUCUGUUUUUAAAUCAACAAAAUUACCGACUCCAGGGAAAUUUAGAUGGUCUAUUGAUCAACUAGCUGUAAUAAAUCCUGUAGAAAUAGACCCAGAAGACAUUCAUCGUCAAGCUUUAUACUUAAGUCAUUCUCGAAUAGAUAAAGAUGUGGAAGACAAAAGACAAAAAGCCAUUGAAGAGUUUUUCACUAAGGAUGUCAUCGUACCCUCUCCUUGGACUGAUCAUGAAGGAAAACAGCUUUCAGAAUAUCAUCCCAGUAAAGGAAUUAACAUAAAUAAUGAAUCUCCAAUUAGAGGAAAGCUGACUAUCCAUUCUGAGAAAAGCAAUGCUGCUUGUCAGACAUUGCUGUCUCUUCCUGUGGAUUUUAAUUUAGAAAACAUAUUAGGUGACUAUUUUAGAGCUGAUGAAUUUGCAGAUCAAUCUCCUGGAAACCUUAGUUCUUCAUCCCUCCGAAGAAAGCUAUUUUUAGAUGGCAACGGAAGUAUCUCUGACUCCUUACCUCCAGCUUCUCCGAGAAGUCCUCAUAGUGGUGCUCAAGCCUCGCUCGAGGUUUUUUACUCGAUAGAUUUAUCUCCUGUACGCUGUAGGAGCCCUGUGCAGACACCGAGUUCGGGGCAGUUUUCUUCUAGCCCUAUUCAGGGUAGUGCAAAAAAAUACAGUCUGGGAAGUAUAACCAGUCCUUCACCUAUUUCUUCACCCACUUUCUCACCAAUUGCAUUUCAGAUAGGAAAGACACCACUCUCAGAACAAAGGAAGUUUACAUUUCAUUCUCCUGAGGCUUCAUCUGGAACAAAUUCUAAUGGAAUUACUAAUCCAUGUAUCAGAAGUCCUUGUAUAGAUGGCUGCUCACCAAUUAAAAAUUGGUCUCCUCUGAGACUGGAGAUGUGUAGAGGUGGUACUCAAUAUCGGACCUCACUCAUUCGGAUUCCUUUUACUCUUGAGGCUCACAGUGAAGUUGAAGAAGAUAAAGGGACUAUUCCUUCCACAGAUGCCUCGUCACCUGCCAUGGACACUGCUGGAGUACACCUGCGGCAGUUGAACAGUGACGCUUCUCCACGUGGCCCACGUUUAGUGGUGACUGCCAUGUCUAUUACACAGAAUCAGUCUGGUGCUUCUGAGAAAGAAUUAGCACUGCUGCAGGAUGGUGAAAGUGAAAAGGAGAAUAAUACUGUGGAUAUGGUUGAUCCUAUAGAGAUAGCAGACGAGAACACUUGGAUUAAGGAGCCGGUUGACAAUGGGAGCUUACCCAUGACUGAUUUUGUGAGUGGGAUUGCCUUCAGCAUUGAAAACUCUCAUAUGUGCAUGUCACCUCUUGCAGAAAGCAGUGUCAUUCCUUGCGAAAGCAGUAACAUUCAGAUGGAUAGUGGCUAUAAUACACAGAAUUGUGGAAGCAAUAUUAUGGAUACGGUUGGGGCAGAAAGUUACUGCAAAGAAAGUGAUGCACAAACAUUGGAAGUUGAGAAUAAAUCUCAUUUUUAACACAAAGGUAUGGAAAAAACAGCAAGCUUGAUAUGGCUGUAGGUUAUAAGUAUUUACUAAACGUGACUUUUCAGU